AUGCUUGCUAUAAUCAAUCGUAUCCUUGAUUGGAUUAAAAGCUUGUUCUGGAAAGAAGAGAUGGAGCUAACACUGGUUGGAUUGCAGUACUCGGGGAAAACAACUUUUGUUAACGUCAUUGCCUCCGGGCAGUUUAGUGAAGACAUGAUCCCAACAGUAGGAUUCAACAUGCGCAAAAUCACCAAAGGAAAUGUAACUAUCAAGGUUUGGGAUAUCGGUGGCCAGCCCAGGUUCCGCUCCAUGUGGGAGAGGUAUUGCCGAGGAGUUAAUGCUAUUGUCUACAUGGUGGACGCGGCGGACCCGGACAAGAUCGAGGCGUCUCGCAACGAGCUCCACAGCUUGCUGGAGAAGCAACAACUCACCGGCAUACCAGUGCUCGUACUCGGGAACAAACGGGACCUGCCGCAUGCACUCGACGAGCACGGACUCAUCGAGCGGAUGAAUCUUUCAGCUAUCCAGGACCGUGAGAUCUGCUGCUACUCAAUCUCGUGCAAAGAGAAGGACAACAUCGACAUCACACUACAGUGGCUCAUCGCGCACAGUAAGUCCGGCAGCGCGCGUUAA